AUGGCGAGCAACUUCGGGAGCACAGGGAAGUAUGACAUGCAUGCCAUCAGCAAAGCAGCUGAGUUCGAGACUUGGUUCGAGCGGAAAGUUGGCGAGUUGUACGGGGAGACAGCACAGUAUGAGAUCGAAAUGGAUGCUGUCGAAGACUUGCUCUAUGUGGAGGUUGAUCAAGCUCGCACUCUCUCAUUAUCUUGCACUUACAAUAGCGAAGAUCCAGGUUUCGUCCAAGAAUUGCGGAAAUUUCGUGUUGCUCAUGACGAUGAUGACACGUACGACACGUACGAAUUUCUAAUGGCAACACAGAUGAAACUCAAAGUUGGCAAAGACUGA